CUGCAAUCGAAGCGUGUUCCUUCAUCUUACUUUAUGUUUUACCUAUAUUUCCAAAUUAUCCUUCUAUUAUCGCAUAUUGCCAAAUUUUCUUGAAAUGGAUAAGAUUAUGCUUGAUGAAGACUUGUCUUGGUUGAGCGAUGCCAUUGACGUAGCUAUUCUACGGGCUAUAGAAAACCGUGUUUUUUUAAUUGGCAUUAUUGCAGAUUUACUACGAGACAUUCUGGACUAUUUCGAACUUACCAUGGAUCACAAGUAUCUAGAACAAGGCAUCAACCUUGGUAUCGCUGCCUUGCCUCAUAUGCAGGAUACAGAGCCCAAUCGACGCAGUAUCCUUACUGAUUUCGCCAAGCUUUACGUUCUACGAUAUGAAUGGUACGGGGAUAUAAAUGAUGUCGAUAAUGCUCUUUCAUAUUCGAGGAUGGCGCUUUCACCCUCACCACAAAGUUCUAUACCUGAUUACUCAGUGCACCACGACAUUGCCUUGUUGCUGUGGGAGAAGCACCUUGCCGUAGGCGGAGUGAACAUCUUGGACCUGUACAUACAAAGCUGCAAUGCCGUCUUGGACCAAGCCGACCCGGGAGAUCCUCAGAUUUCCCACUACAUGUCUAUGCGUGCUAUCGGGUUUGAAGCCAGAUUCGACCUUUCCAGUGACUUGGACGCUCUGCAAAAGGCGAUAUUCGAUUGCGAGGCAUCUCUCGAGAUCACCUCCAAGGAUGAUCCAGAGCGCCUUGAGCGAUUGCAGAAUCUCUGCAGUUGUCUCGGGCACAGGUUUGAAAAGUCAGGCACAGUCGCAGAGCUGGACAAAAUUAUUCAGGUUUGCGAGGAAGCAGAUAGCAUUUCGGCUUCUCACCAAAGGUUCCAAAUAGAAUGGAUUGAAGUUGCGCUGGGACGUUGGCUUAAGGAAAGGUAUUGGUUCACCUCCCAGCCUAGAGACUUGGACCGUGCUCUCAAGAUAUCGGAGAAAGCCCUGUUACUCACCCCCGACGCGCCAGGACCUCUGGCCAACCUGGGUUCGCUCCUUCGAUUACGUUUUCGCCGCUUGGGUGACAUGACUGAUAUAGACCGGUGUAUUGAGCUGACUAAGAGGGCGUGCUCAAUCAUUACGCCGGAGGAUCCCCUUGCAGCAGAUCUUUCAAACCUAUUGGCGACUGCCUAUGCUUCUCGUUUCAAUGCGAAAGGAGAUAUCACGGACUCGGAAAAUAGUGUCACGGAGAGCAGAAAGACCAUAGAGGUCAUGUCACCAGAUAACCCGCGUCAUCCAACCUCGAUGGAAAUCCUGGAGGAAGCUAUCACACUAAGCAGUGGCGUCUUGGACAAGAAAGCGUUCAGCAACCACGAUUGGCCACUUUGGCUAGCAGUACACGGGAAUCUUUUGGCUCUGCGGUUUCGGGCCCAGGGAAGCAUCGACGAUGUCCAAGAUGCUGUCCGCGUCACCACUGAGGCCGUCUCUGCAGAUAUAUUUUCGCAGUCGGCUACGCCAUACGUCCUUACCGCCAAUGCACAUUGUCUGCGAACGAGGUUUGAGAUAUCUGCAAGACUCGAGGACAUCGACCGCGCCAUCGAGCUGGCGAAUAAGGCAGUAGAGGUCACUCAGGAAAAGGCAUCAUCCAUGCCGGAUAGCCUGCUGACGCUCUCAACUUGUCCGUCUAAUCGGUCUGUUAUUACAGGUACUCUUGCUGAUCUUCAUCACGCCAUUGAGGCUGCCAAAUCGGCAGUGCAGUUGACCCCAACAGGCUCCAUCCACUGGGUCCCUCGCAUGGAACAACUUAGCCGAUGCUAUGCUUUCCGUCAUUGCCUCACGAGGUCGGCGAGUGAUCUGAAUGAGGCCAUUCGAACUAUUACCAUGGCUAUUGACGAAACACCCGACUACAGGCCUGAGAAACCUCGAUUAAUUUCAGUUAAGGCUACCCAUCUAUAUCAUCGUUCUUUGAUUGGAGGCAACAACAGCCGAAUAGAUCAAGAUGAAGCCUUGGAGCUCUUUCAACGCGCCCUGGAGUUACUACCUCAGGGUAGUGUUGAUCGAGUUCAAUCACUCAUCUUAUUUGGGUGUGCUCUUAUGGGUAGAUUCUUCGAGAGUCGAGCGAUAGCAGACGGCGAUCGCUCUAUCGAGACACUCCGCCAAAGCCUUUGCGAGAUGGAUUCGAAUGAUCCUUCUUUCACUGGGGUUCUCAAUAGCCUAGGUAUGUCCCUCAUAAUGCGAUUCGCGACGCAGCAAAAUUCUUCUCUCAAGGACUUGGAAGAUGCAGUCUCGUAUUUUACUCAGUGCUUCAGAAAUCACUAUGGCGAUGGCCAACAUAUCGAGCGAAUUCAGGGUGCUAUGGGAGCAGCUGACAUCUUGUGCUACCUGGGGAGACCGCAAGAGGCAACCGAAAUUCUUCAAGACGCCAUCGCUUCGCUUCCACUUGUGACGUCACAAUCCCUGCCACAGUUGGACCAGCAGAUCCUACUCAAAGGUGUGUCUGGUUUAGCAACCAGUGUAGCGGCUGUAGCACUGGAAGCUGGUGCCAGUGCUGCGGAAGCGCUGAUGCUACUGGAGCGAGGGCGUGGCAUUAUAGCCGGUCUCCUCAUGGGCCCGCAACCAGCCGACAUGGAGAUGCUCGAUGUUGAGACAGAUGCGGCCUUCAUGCAAGCUAGAGAGAGGCUCCAAACUCUAUCGGCGGGUGGAAGAUCAGUGCUGGAUCUCUUAGACAUGGAUGAGAGUUUAGCACGUUCUUCUCAUAUAUUACACUCCAAAGCUCUAAGGGAAGCUGAGGAAGAGUUACUAACGAUUGUGAGGCGUAUUCAAGAGAAUCCGAACACAAAAGGAUUCCUCAAACCACCUUCAGAGAGCGAGGUAUUACAGGUCUUGAACGACGACACAAUUGUAGUCGUCAAUGAGGACAAUUUACGGUGCGAUGCUCUAAUUCUGAGCCAAUCAGUAGGAACUAGGCUCGUUCCGCUGAAGAAGCUACACUCGCUUGACGUCCGAACUCGCCUGGAUGGGCUCACAAGCUCGCGUCCCUAUACUGAGCCGACAUUACUAGAAUGGCUUUGGGACGUUAUUGCCCAGCCUGUUCUGAAUGAGUUGGGAUUCUGUGAGCCGUCGUCUGAUGGACAUCCUCCACGCAUCUCCUGGAUAAUGACUGGAUCUUUGCAUCCAUUUCCAAUCCAUGCAGCAGGUCUCCAUAUAAACGGCUCCAGAAAUACAGUAAUAGACAGAGUUAUGUCCUCGUGUGCUUCUUCCCUCAGAAGCUUCGUGUCUGGCAGGAGCAAAAGUGUUGAGCCACUGGAAGUCAGUCAGACUAAACAGGCUCUUCUGGUGAGCAUGAGGCAGACCCCCUUCCGUCCAAACCUACCCGAUCUGCCGUUAGCCGUGGAAGAGAUCGACAAGCUGGAGACCCUAACGUCGAAGCUGGGUCUGGAAACCAUCCGACUGGACUGUCCGGACCGCACAACGCUCCUGAAGCAUUUGGAGUCGUGUACCUUCUUUCACUUCGCUGGUCAUGGAGAAUCAGACCCGCUUGACCCUUCAUGUAGUGGACUGAUGCUCAAGGAUAGCCUUAUCACCGUCAACGACCUGCAAGGUGGACUGCAAGGCCAGAGUAAUCUCGUCCAGCAUGAUGCCUUUCUCAGCUACCUAUCUGCUUGCUUGACAGGCGCAAACGAUGCAGUAGGCCUUGAAGACGAGAAUAUUCAUACCAUCGGAGCAUUCCAGCUGAGUGGUUUCCGUCACGUCAUUGGUGCUCAGCUGCAGGUCUUCGACGCCACCUGUUCACUCGUGGCUGAGUCAGUGUAUAAAAACUUGACAUCUAAUCCUCUAACAGACCUCGCAGUUUGUGCCUCACUACACUUUGCGGUCAAACAAGCUCGCGAUGCAUGGUUGAGUGGCCUAUCUGGAACGACUGAGACACGUGAACCGCCUUCAGAAACCUCAGAGGAGUGUAAAGCGAAGAGUCUAGAUAAGUUGACUUGGAUUUUGGAUAACCAGAGUUUCAAAAUGCUUAUUAGUCGGAAUGGGCGUUUGAACUUGCAGAGGAAGCAACCAUCGAAGCAUAAAAAAGCUGAGUGGAUUUCUUAUGUGCAUUAUGGGCCCUAA